GAACCCAUCUCUUCUCAUAAUCAUCGAACAAGAAAACAAAAAUUUCAGAAACUUGAAUCGCUUUCGAGAUGUCGUACGACGAUGUGGAGAUCGAAGACAUGGAAUGGAAUGACGAGCUUCAAGCUUUCACAUACCCUUGUCCCUGCGGAGACUUGUUCCAGAUCACCAAAGAAGAUCUCAAGAUCGGCGAAGCGAUCGCUCGAUGCCCUAGCUGUUCUCUCUACAUCACCGUCAUCUACAACAUCGAAGAUUUCAUCGCCGAUUCCUCAUCCAAGAACAAUCCCAAGCAACAGCCCGUCGCUGUCGCUUGACAAACCUAAUACAGGUCACGAUUCAUCAUCUUUCUGGAAUACUUGCUCAAUUUUGUUCUUGUAUUGUGUUAAAAGUUUGGUUUGGAGGGUUUAGAGUUGUAAAAUUUUGUACUGGAAUUUGAGUUAUAUGAUUGUUUCUGAGAGAAUAAUUGCUAUUAUGGUAUGAUUCUUUUACACGAUCUUUUUAGGGCUUUUAAUGAUUGUGUAAUGCAGUCAAAUUUCUUUGCA